AUGGGCAGUCAUGAUAGUUUAAACGGCACCGAGUACGGAAACCCAGAGGUGCCCGGAGCUGUCUCUUUGCAAAAGGGAUCUCUUGACCGACUCUCAGAGCUGUACUCGGAAAACAUUAUAGCCAAAGUGCUGCGUACAUCGUUUGAUCAACUAGCAGCAAAUUGUCCUCCUUCGCAAUACCCCGAAACGGUGCCACAGUCUGGUCCCAGUCAAGGUCGCUAUGAGUCCCGAGAUGUAGACUUUUGGACCUGUGGCUUCUUUCCUGGUUCAAUAUACUCUCUACUGGAGCGAUCCAUCGCGCACCCUCGCACAUUGAGAACCAAUGUCAGUGUGCCGGUACUUCGAGAAACCCUCGAGCAGGUAGGUCGCCUUUGGUCCGAGCCCAUCCAUAGCCAAGCACUCAGGACAGAUACUCAUGACCUUGGAUUCGUGAUUCUGCCUCACAUGCGUCCACGGUGGGAGCUGCUACAUGACCUGCGGGCACUUGACACCAUCAUCACCGCUGCCGAGAGCCUUUACCAGCGCUACGAUCCCCACCUCAAGGCGAUUCGAUCCUGGGAUACCUUUGACUGGCACGAGGGAAUCAACAUCACCGACAUGCAAGAAAACUUCCUAGUCAUUAUUGACUCCAUGUGCAAUAUGGAUCUUCUCUUCUAUGCCGCCGCACACUCUGGGAAGAAGCACCUGGCCGAAGCAGCCGUCGCUCACUCUCGCACGCUGUUAAAAUCCCAUAUCCGAGUCGAAGCAGCUUCUCGACCAGGCUACCCAGGCAAACUAUACAGUACACCGCAUCUAGUCAAUUUCUCCCCUCGAACCGGCACAAUCAAGGAGGUUCGGACUGCGCAAGGAUACAGCAACACAUCUACUUGGACUCGCGGCCAAGCAUGGGGCAUACUCGGCUAUGCUCAGACCUACCACUGGACUGGGGACGCAGAUUUUCUAGACACUGCGUGCGGUUUAGUAGAGUAUUUUCUGCUGAGACUUGAAAACGCACUUGACUACGUGGAGGUAUUUCGAGGAGACCAAGGGCAGCGCGUAGGCAGAUGGGUGCCCCUUUGGGACUUUGACGCCCCUAUUGACGAUGUUGAGAGUCCUCUGCGGGAUACGUCAGCGGGGGUAAUUGCAGCAAAUGGCAUGUUGAUCCUGUCGCAGGAUUUAUCCCGGCUGGGAAGACAUGAACUGAGUGCCAGAUAUCUAGAGGCGGCGUGUAACAUCGUCCAAGAUACGCUUGACUUGGCAUUGGCACAGGAGAAGGCGCGUUUGACUUUGACGGCGGGCGGAACUUUAAAGGUGGAGGAUGUUGAGCCGGGAAAACGAUUCGAUUCUAUUCUGAAGCAUGCUACUGUGUGUUUUAACGGUGCUAGUUUUGGGAAGAGCAAGGCGAAUGUUGUCGAACGUGCAUUAUUUGGCUCCGGGAACGAUGAUGCAGCAUCGUCUUCUUCCGUGGUUCAAGGAAACCAAGCGCCUGCCUCCCAUAGCCACAUACCGACCGAUUCAAGCACCGCCGCUCUAUCCUUGCUUGCCCAGGAGCUUCAAAAGUUAAACAGUAACAUUCUAGGUCUAACUCCAGCUCUAUCUCCGUCAGUUGGACCAGAUUCUGGGGUUGUUCAUUGUCCGAACUCGCCGAAAAACAACUACCGCGCCCAUAAAGGCAAGCGACAGCGGCUGAACAUCGAGCAGUCUCCAUCCAUCGGAUCUGAAACGGUUUCUCACGCAGAUGACGAAGAUGCAGACCUUUCUACUGAUCUUCUCACUGGGCGCAAACUAGAGGCACUUUUGGAUGCGUAUUUUGAAAAUGUGCACCCGUGGGUACCUCACAUCCAUAGGGCUACUUUUCGACGCGAAGUUCUUCAAGGGGACGGAAUAGCGGAUCACAGCUUGAUGCUGCAAGCCGUAAUUGUUGGAGCAUUACGUUUUGUUGACCCUGCUACACACCAGUUCUCGCCUAAUUCCGUGAAACGUCUAAUCGAACAGUCACGACAAAAAGUCUUGAUGGCUUCAAUGAACGACAUUUCUGUGGAAAAGCUUCAAGCCUUGACCGUUCUUGCGUUUAUACACAUUGGAGACGGGGAGCCUCAGAAGGCGUGGCCGAUUGUAGCAUCACUGACCAGAACGGUCGACUUUCUUCAGCUAAGUGUUGAAGAAGCCGAGCGGUACCCUCAGGCUUUUCUACGGCCUAAGCCUCUAUCUCCCCCGAGCACCUGGGUGGAAGAAGAGGAACGACGAAGGGUGUUUUGGAACAUUUUCAUCCUAGAUCGACCAUCUCCAACACUGAGGUUAACUUCUCCAAGAUGGAAUAUUGGCCUCACUGCCGACAACGUUUCGCGCCGACUCCCCAUCAACGGCAGCCAUUGGAACGACGAAAUUCCCGCCGUGGCUCCUUUCUUUGGAAUGUGGGACAAGUCAGCGGCCAAGAUUGGAAACUCAGUUGCCUUUCUUCCCGUUCAUUAUCCAAGCCCAGGGUCAACUUCAGAGACCAGCGGUCCGCAAUAUGAUGUUGCCUCUCACGGGAAUCAGACUUCCCGCCCGCAAGCCGCGUCGAUGGAUGUAUCUACCAUCGGCGCAUUUGCUUACUACGUCGAAUCUCUGGAGUCGCUCUGCCGCAUUAACAUAUACUUUUUGCAGCAGAAGAUUGAGUUUAGCAACCGGUUAGAGGUGUCCAACUGGCUAACACGAUUCAAAGAACUCGACCUCCGGCUAGUGCAUUGGAAAAUGUUUCUACCAGCGAAAUGGCAAGACCCCAAUGUUCCGCGAGACCUUGCCACAACGGCCCUCGAUCCAAACAUGACGCUCGCCCACAUCACACACAAUACUUCCAUGAUAUUGCUUCACCAGCGAAUAGCGUAUCCGGAACCAAGUCUCAAAAGCAUCAAGCUGCCUAAUUUCCAUAGCGCAGAGACCUGUCAAUCCGCUGCCAUUGAGACCACCCUUAGUGCCGUCAAGUAUCUUGAGCUUGCGCCGCCGUACAUGCCACUUUCUCCGCACUUCUCCUUUUGUGUCUACAUCAGUGCUCGCUUACUCCUCGUGCAUUGUCGUUACUAUGGAUUUGAACUAGACCCUCAGUUCUGGACGUUGGUCGACUGUCUGCGGGACAUAUCUAGACGAUGGGAAGGCCGUCAGAAACACGAAUCAACUACUUGUCUCUCUUCCCAGUUUGCAGAGCAUCUUCAAUAUCUUUACCACCUGAAUGAAGGCGAGCCAGAUUUUAGCAUUGGGGUCGUAGGGCCUAUAGACGACCGGUGUUUGCAAGCAACAGAGAGAGAGCGCGCCUCAGCCGGGGCGUCUUCUAGCGUAAGGAUACAUCAGUUUCCAGAUUCUCAACUACAUACCGCGCAAACUGGUGAUUACACAGCAGGAAAGUUACACUCCUCGUCCGCGCCUGGCAUAGAUAAGAUCCAUCCUUUGGGGGACGGCAUGGCUACUUGGGCGACGCACUCAAACGUGACUGCGGCCAGGACAUCGGAAAGCGGAAAGCCUCAAGAUGAACUGGCAAACAUAAUAUCGUCCUUGACAGAUCAGCACUUCAUGGGGAUGGACCGCGUGAUUGCUUUUGACGACUUUAACUUGGAGUUGUCAGGGAUGCCUACAGGAAAGGGGCGGACGCCUGAUUCUUUGCAGGGGCAGACAAGUGGUGGUAACUGA